AUGGAUUCAACGAUAUUGUCAACCACCAAAAAGGUGAUAAAAAAACGAAAAUAUAGCAGAGGUGGGUGUAAGGAAUGCAAAAGAAGAAAAAUCAAAUGUGACGAAGGUAAACCCUUUUGUCACAAUUGCACUCGAUUGAACAAAGUCUGUGGCUACCCACAAUCGAACAACCAUGUUGGUUCAUGGAAUAAUCUGCUGAAAUCUUUGGUACAACAGCAGCAAGAACCACCUCUGCAUACACAACCUAGCCCAUGCAAGUUUUACCUAGUCAAUCACAGUGACAUCAGAACACCUACAUCGUCCUCAAGAUCACUACUACAAGGUAGUUCUAUGUCCAGCGUCGAUGUCAACUUUGGUAGUGGUGAAUUUGAUCCUAACCCGCAGCAACAUCAACAUCAACAGCAACAGCAACAGCAGCAGGAACAACAACAACAACAACAACAACAACAACAACAACCCCACCAGCCCCACCAACUCCAGCAUCCGCCACAACAAAUGCUACAUCUACAACGCGAGUCACAAGGUCCAUCACCAUCCGAUUGCAAAAAGUACAAGAUUUCCGAUGUACUUUCACCAGAAAUUGACUUCUUGAAUGACUACAACUGGGGAAGUAUUGCUCCCCAUGAGGUUCAGGAUCUCUUUGGUGACGCAAACCUGCUUGUUCACGACUCUUUGGAAAUCUUUGGUAUCAAUAUGGAUGAUGAUGAUGAUUAUGGACUGUUUAAUCGCGGUGGUAGUGGUGAUGGCAACUACCCUCCCAGCGUGCAAAGCUCGGAGGAGUUACUGUCGAUCCCGGAAUUCCCCAUGAGAGAACUCUCCUACAAGUCUGAAUCACAACCAAUUAUUAAUUCAGGCUAUAUAUCAAACAAAGAAUUAAUUGAUUCAGCGUUCAGUGGUUUGGAUUUGGCUGGGCCACAUGAAAUAUAUCUCAACAGAUUGACCGAAACUGAGUUAGGGUACCAUUUAUUUCCAUUUGCUCACGGUAUAGAUGCAAAUGCAGUGUUGAAACUUCUAUUGAAGUACCUGCAGGGAUGUCCCUACUUGCUAGCUGCAUUGUUGUCAUCAUCAGUCACAUUUCAGUUUAUUCAGAACAGGAAACAAGUCCAUGAGCAGAACAGGUCAAAAUAUACGUCCACUUGCUUGAAGCUUCUAAGUGAAGCAUUCCCCAAACCAAACGAAAAAGCAACCACAAUGGCCAACGAUAUUGAGAAGCUUCUUCUCACAAUUUUGAUUUUAACAUCCUGCUUUACAGCAAUGGCGUUUUUCCAAAAGCAAUCAGACAGCAAGAUGCUUUCCUGGAAAACCCAUUUGCGUGGAGUCAAGGAUUUGUUAUUGAAAUACACUGAGCUUACUAAAUCGUCGAGUCGGGCGUACAUUUCCGAUGGUCUAGCUUUGGCGAAAAGUUGGUUUUUUGCUAUCGAAGCAUUGGCCGAGUUGAAUGAUCCGCUUGGUGGGACUUUACAUUAUCUGAAGGAGAAUAUAUCGCAAGUUGUUGAUAUCAUUGAAACUGACGCAGAACACGACCAUUCCGAAUUGAGUCGUAUUUGGUUACAAACGGGUUAUUUCAGUCGAGAAAGGAACGCUGAAUACCAUGAUGCAUUACUCAAAAUCAAUUUGCUAACAGCACAAUAUCCUAACCUAGUUCAGUUUAACUUAUUCAAUGGGUACAGCAUAAAUGUUGUUUGCAUUAUUGACGAAUUAACCAAAUGUUUAGACUUGUUACGAGAACACAAUAAUGUCCAAGUAUCGGGUUUCAGGGUAGCCAAAGUAAUGUCACUAAUAGCUCAGGGAAGAGAUAGUUUUAUUGUUCCCUUGGUUGAUAAAUCAAGCUUCGUGAUCCCUAUUGAAUCGAUUGGACAUCCAAAGUAUCACAAACUUGAUCGUAUUUCAUUUCCUGCGUCAUGUUAUGGUAAAGAAACUUUGCCUGAUGGGAGAUUGGUGUGCUACUCGUGGUUUGAUUGGAGUGAACAAAUGCAAAUUGAAUCACUAGCUUUGAAAGUGUACAUAACUAAGGGGCUACUCAAACUUCCUCGAACUCAUCCCAUUGUGAAAGAGUUGAAGAUCAGGAUCAUUAGCUCGAUGUUUUUCAUAAAGAAAAAAAGCCAGGAUGUUAUCAGAAACUAUCAAGAUGACAUUUUCCUUGAACUGGAUCACUAUUAUGUGUCGAAAACCUUGUUUGACGAAAGAGCUCUCAUGGCACAAAGUACGUUUCGUCAGUGUUUAAAAGUAUCUUUAAAUGAGGACGAUUUCGAAAAGUUGUCAUUGUAUUUUAAGGCGUUGGUUAAGUUAGGCAAUGGGAGUGCAUUGAUUGGUUUGGAGGUUGUUGAAAAGUUAUGGCUGAAGUACAAGUUAAAAGAAGACAACGAAAGGAGUAGAGAUGGCAAUGGACUGGAGCUAAUCGAAAGCUCUGAUGAUGAUGACGAUCAAACAAAUAUGGCGUUUAUAUCGUUCUCAUAG